GCUGCCUACUCGGCGGCGUAAACUUUUUCUUCCGGUUAAUAUUUCGUUGUCUUGCUCAUUUCGAAAUGGUGCUCCAGGCAGCUUUAGCGCUACUUGUUUUAAACACGUGGUUUUGUGGCUCAUUUGGAGAAAAUGACUCUGUAAAUAAAAGUGACCAAGGCAGUUUCACCAAUCAAACGUCAAAGAUAGACAACAGUGGUUUAACUGCUUGCAGAAUGAUGUGCCGUAUUGGAAUGAUCUGUCGUCUAAUUAAUGGCCAAGCCACGUGCGUCCCCUUGCCCAGAGCAGUGUGUCUUGUUUGGGGAGAUCCACACUAUAUCUCUUUCGACGGAAGUCAUUUUGACUUCCAGGGAACCUGCACUUACACCAUUGCCAAGACCUGCAUAGGGACCUCUGAUAAACUCUCCUUUAACGUGGAGGCCAAGAAUGAAAAUCGUGGCAACCUUGGAGUGUCCUUCUUAAAAAUGAUUAAAAUUGUGGUUUAUGGCUACAGCAUAGUGGUAUCCAGAGGUGAAAAUGGCAGAGUAACGAUCAACCAAAACAUUUAUUUUCUACCUGUAAUGCUGGAAAAUGGGAGAGUAAACAUUUACCCGAGUGGAGACUAUGGUGUUCUAGAGACAGACUUUGGCCUUCAGGUGACUUUUGACUGGAAUCAGCUGCUCCUCAUGUCUGUUCCCAGUACCUUCAUGGGUCAGCUUUGUGGAUUGUGUGGAAAUGACAACGGUGACCAGAAUGACGAUCUGCAGAUGACGGAUGGGACUCUGGCCAGUGAUGUGGUGUCCUUUGGAAGGAGUUGGAUGGUACCUGAUGGAGACUCCAAAUGCUGGCAUGACUGCAACGGAAAAUGCAAGAGCUGUGAUGAGGGGUCUGUUGCCAAGUACAAUGGUGAUAGUUAUUGUGGGCUGUUGGUCAAAAAGGAUGGUCCUUUCAGAGAAUGCCAUGUUGUCGUCAAUCCUAAAGCAUUUGUGGAUGGCUGCAUCUAUGAUGUGUGUCUAAAUGGAGGUCUGCAGUCUUUACUUUGCCAGGCCUUGAAAACUUAUGCAGAUGAAUGUCAGGCAGCAGGGGCUCAUGUCUACAGCUGGAGAGAACAAUCGCGCUGUCCUCGAUUCUGUCCACCCAACAGUCACUAUGAAUCCUGUGGUAGUGCCUGUCCAGCUACCUGCUCAAACCCCCAAGCUGGAGAAAAAUGCAAACGUCCCUGCAUAGAGUCUUGCCAGUGUAAUGAAGGCUUUGUUCUUGGAGCUCAAGGCUGUGUGCCAACCAAGGGCUGUGGGUGCAUGUACAAGGGUCUCUUUUACCCACCAGGACUGAAGCUGUGGGUUGACGACAAGUGUCAGAAGUCCUGCAUUUGUGACCCUGUAACUGGUUUAGUCACAUGUCGUGAUACACCAUGCAAGCCUACUGAAGCUUGCCAGGUGCUCAAUGGUGUAAGAGGUUGUUGGCCAAAAAGUGAGGCUUCCUGCAUUCGUGCUGGGGGCUCCCACUAUAUGUCUUUUGAUGGUUUCAAGUUUGACUUCCAUGGAACAUGUAUGUAUCUGCUGGCUGGGCUGUGUGAGCAGGAGAAAGGAAUGGAGCCAUUCCAAGUUGAACUACAGAAUGAGCAUCGAGGCAGCAUUGUGCUGGCCUACCCUUGGCUGGUACAGGUCACUGUGUACAAUCAUGUCAUUGUGAUGAGCCGGGACAACCCUGGCAAGAUCAUGGUGGAUGGUUUGUGGGUCAACCCCCCUCUAACUCUUGACGGUAACCAGCUCUUGGUCUUAAAGAUAGGCUUCAAUGGAAUUGUCCAAACAAGUUUUGGUUUGAAGGUCACUUUUGACUGGUCACACUGGGUGGUGGUGACUGUACCAAACACUUAUCAAGGAGCACUCUGUGGUCUGUGUGGCAACUACAAUCUCCAGACCAGUGAUGACUUAAAAAUGAAGGGUGGGAACCCUGCUUCGACACCUGCACAAUUUGGAGAAAGCUGGAAGACUGCAGUUAUUCCAGGAUGUGUGCAUGUGUGUACUGGAAAUUGUCUUGUUUGUAAUGAGGCCCAGAAAAGAGAGUAUGAAAGCACAAGCUACUGUGGUCCAAUUAUAGAUCCAGCAGGCCCCUUCAGAGACUGUCACAAGUCUGUGGACCCAGCAAAUUUCUUUAAGAACUGUGUCUUUGAUGCCUGCCACUACAGUGGCCUGCAGGAUGUACUGUGUAAGAUCUUCAGUGCCUAUGCGUCAGUCUGCCAGCAGAGUGGGGCCCCAGUGUAUCUAUGGAGGACAGAAACAUUUUGCCCUCCUCCAUGCCCAGUGAACAGCCAUUAUGCGGACUGUGGUAGCAGCUGUCCAGCAAGUUGUGCCAGUAUUACCAGUGCCCCUAUAUGUAUUACUCUGUGUCAGGAGGGCUGUCAGUGCAAUGAAGGAUUCCUCCUCAGUGGUGACCAGUGUGUUCCUCUGUCCCAGUGCGGCUGCUUUUAUAAUGGUCGCUACUACAAAUCUGGAGAGGUGUUCUUCACCAAUGGCUUAUGUCAAGUGCUGUGUACCUGUAACCCUGGUGGAGCCAUAGAGUGCCAAGAAGUAACAUGUGGGGCUAAUGAACAAUGUAAAGUAAUCAAUGGUGUCCAGAAUUGCUGGCCAAAUGGUGAAGGCACCUGUACUGCUGCGGGGGAUCCUCACUAUAUUACAUUUGAUGGGCUAAGGUAUGAUUUUCAGGGUACAUGCACCUACAUAUUGACGAAGGUGAUAAAGGCCAUGGACAACUUAACUCCUUUUGAAGUGCAAGUGGAAAAUGAAAGCUACAGAAACAGCCAAGUGUCUGUAACUAAAAAAGUGACUGUCCUAGUAAAUGGUUACAGUGUGUCCAUGGAUCAAGGAGUCAGCUGGAAAGUAAAGCUUGACGGAAUCUCUACAAAUCUGCCUCUAAUCUUGAAUGGCGGUUGGAUGUUCGUGAACCAGCAAGGUCCUCACAUCAUUCUGCAGACUAACUUUGGCCUAAAAGUCCUUUAUGAUACAGCAUUUCUUGUACAAGUGUUCAUCCCUCGUACCUAUCGAAACAAAGUUGGUGGUCUCUGUGGCAACUUCAAUGAUGAUCUUGGAGAUGAGUAUACACUGAGAAAAGGUGGUAUCACCACUGAUGUUACAGUAUUUGGUAACAGUUGGAGUAUUGUGCAGGUGGGAGAGAAAUGUAGCAACGGGUGUGUCAAAGACUGCCUGCAUUGUGACGCAAAAACUGAGAAAACCUACACACAGGAGACCAGCUGUGGGCUGAUUGCUGCAACCAGAGGGCCAUUUGCUUCCUGCCACUCUGCCAUCCAACCAGACACAUUUUUCAAGAACUGUGUGUUUGACAUGUGUGCAACUAAUGGAAAUCAAGAUGUUCUUUGUAGAAAUCUUGAAGCCUAUGCAGCAGUCUGCCAGUUUGCUGGUAUCUCCAUCAAGGCCUGGAGAAAGUCCAAUUUAUGCCCACUUCUUUGCCCCCAAAAUAGCCACUAUGAACUGUGUGUUGAUACUUGCCACACCUCUUGUGCCAGCAUAGUGGUUCCCCUUCAUUGUGUCUCCAUGUGCUUUGAUGGGUGCCAAUGUGACCCUGGAUUCAUCUUGGAUGGGGGACAGUGUGUGACAGUGGACAAGUGUGGAUGUAUGAACAAUGGAACGUACAUGAAGGUGGGAGAGAUGAUGAUUUCAGCAGACUGUUCGAUGAAGUGCACAUGCUUCACCAAAGGCAGAAUCAAGUGUGAGCCAAUGAGCUGCUCUGCUGGGCAGACAUGCCUUAUACAGGAUGGAGUCCAGAUGUGCCAGCCAGUUGCCCCAAUUGGAAAGCUUGGUUUAGUCUCAAUAGAUGGCAUUGGUGUAAUUCCUUGCAGAAUAAGAUGCCCUAUUGGAAUGGAUUGCAAAGUAUUCAAUGGCCAAACCAUGUGUGUCCCCUUGCCCAGAUCAGUGUGUCGUGUUUGGGGAGACCCACACUAUAUCACUUUCGACGGCAGACGUUUUGAUUUUCAGGGAACCUGCACUUACACGGUUGUCAAGACCUGUAAACCGAGCAAAAGUGUGCCCAUCUUUAACGUGGAAGGAAAGAAUGAAAACCGUGGAAACCCUAGAGUGUCUUACCUGAAAACUAUUAAAAUUGAGGUCUAUGGCUACAGCAUUGUGGUAGUCAAAAAUGAAAAUGGCCGAGUGAGGAUCAACAUAAACCUGAGUUUCUUGCCCAUCACACUUGAAGCUGGUAAAGUGAAUCUCUACCAGAGUGGCGACAAUGGAGUGCUCGAGACAGACUUUGGCCUUCAGGUGACUUUUGACUGGAAUCAGCUCCUCCUCGUAUCCAUUCCCAGCACAUUCAGGGGUUUGGUCUGUGGCCUGUGUGGAAACUACAAUGGUGACCAGAAUGAUGACCUGCAGAUGGUGGAUGGGACUCAAGCCAGGGAUGUGGUGUCCUUUGGUAGGAGCUGGGCGGUACCUGACGGAGACUCCAAAUGCUGGCAUGACUGUAAUGGUGAAUGCAAGAGCUGUGAGGAACUGUCUGCCACAAAAUACAAAGGAGAUGACUUCUGUGGCCUGUUGGUGAAAAAGGAUGGUCCUUUCAGAGCAUGCCAUGUUGUCCUAGAUCCUUCACCUUUCCUGGAAGGCUGUAUUUAUGAUGUGUGUCUGAAUGAAGGUCUACAGGCUUUACUGUGCCAGGCCCUGAAAAAUUAUGCAGACAUGUGUCGGGAAGCUGGAGCUAUAGUGUACAACUGGAGAGAACUGUCACAUUGUCCUCUAAUCUGUCCACCCAACAGUCACUAUGAAUCCUGUGGCAAUGCCUGUCCAGCUACCUGCUCAAAUCCCAAAGCUGGAGAAACCUGCAGAUUUCUCUGCAUAGAGUCCUGCCAGUGUGAUGAAGGCUUUAUCCUUGGUCCUCAAGGGUGUGUGCCAACCAAACUCUGUGGGUGCAUCUACCAGGGUCGCUUCUUUCCACCAGGCCAAAGGCUGUGGAUUGACGACCAGUGUCGGCAAUCCUGCAUUUGUGACCCAGUAACUGGUUCGGUGACAUGUCGUGAUACACCAUGCAAGCCCACUGAAGCUUGCCAGGUGGUCAAUGGUGUGAGAGGCUGUUGGCCAAGAAGUGAGGCUACUUGCACUGGAGUUGGAGAUCCUCACUAUGUCUCCUUUGAUGGAUUCAGAUUUGACUUCCAGGGGACUUGUAUGUAUCUGCUUGCUGGGCUGUGUGAGCAGCAGGAAGAUUUGGAUCCAUUCCAAGUUGAGGUUCAGAAUGAGCAUCGAGGUCACACUGUUGUAGCCUACACCAGGCUGGUACAGAUAACCGUGUACAAUCAUGUUGUUGUGAUGAGCCGGGACAAUGCAGGCAAGAUCAUGGUGGAUGGCCUUUUUGUGAACCUCCCCUUGAGUCUUGAAGGAGCUAGACUUUUCAUUUUCAAGAUUGGAUUCUAUGGCACCAUCCAGACCAGUUUCGGUGUAAGGGUCACUUUUGACUGGUCCAGCUCAGUGACCGUCACUGUACCAAGCAUUUACCAAGGACUAAUGUGUGGUCUAUGUGGCAACUACAAUCAAGACACCAAAGAUGAUUUAACAAUGAAGGGGGGUAAGCCUACAUCCGUGCCAUCAGAAUUUGGAGAAAGCUGGAAGACUCGGGAUAUUCCAGGAUGUGGUCAUGAAUGCACUGGAUAUUGUCCCAUUUGUGAUGAGACUCUUAAAAGGAAAUAUGAGAGCUUGAGCUACUGUGGCCAAAUUACAGAUCCAGCAGGCCCCUUCAGAGCCUGCCAGAAACUGGUGGACCCAGCAGGUUUCUUUAAUGACUGUGUGUUUGAUGCCUGCUACUACAAUGGAUUGCAGGAUGUGUUGUGUGAAAUUUUCAGUGCAUAUUCAUCCAUGUGCCAGCAGAGUGGGGCCACUGUGGAUCCAUGGAGGUCUGACAAUUUUUGCCCUCCUUCAUGUCCAGUGAACAGCCAUUAUUCGCCUUGUGGCAGCAGCUGCCCUGCAACUUGUGCAAGCAUUACUACUGCCACCCCAUGCCUAACACUUUGUCAAGAGGGUUGCCAAUGCAAUGAAGGUUUUCUCCUCAGUGGUGACCAGUGUGUUCCUUUAUCUCAAUGUGGCUGUUUCUAUAAUGGUCACUACUACAGGGUAGGGGAGGUAUUCUUCCCAACUGACUUAUGUGAGAAGUGUACAUGUAAGCCUGGUGGUAUCAUUGAUUGCCUGAAAGUGACAUGUGCAGCUAACGAAGAGUGUAAAGUGGUAAACGGUGUCCGACGUUGCUGGCCAAAGGGUGAAGGCACAUGUACUGCUUCAGGAGAUCCUCACUAUAUCACAUUUGAUGGGCUGAGGUAUGAUUUCCAGGGCACCUGCACCUACACAUUGGCAAAGCUGGUGAAGGCCACAGAUGUCCUGACUCCUUUUGAAGUACAAGUAGACAAUGAGAGCUUUGGAAAUGGCCAAGUGUCAGUCACCAAAAGAGUGACUGCCCUAGUGAAUGGUUAUGAGGUCUCUAUGAUGUAUGGGAUGAGCUGGAAAGUAAAGCUGGAUGGAGUCUUGACAAAUCUGCCUCUAGUUUUGGAUGAAGGAGCCGUUUCAAUUUACCAGACUGGCCUGCACAUCUUGCUUGUCUCAGACUUUGGGCUGAAGGUAUUGUAUGAUACCGUAUACUUUGUCCAGGUAACAAUACCCGGAACUUACUGGAACCAAGUUGGUGGUCUCUGUGGCAACUUCAAUGGCCAGAUGGAAGAUGAAUUCACACAGCGUGAUGGAGGCAUUGCCUUGAAUGUUGCUGCUUUUGGUGCCAGCUGGAAAACUGUAAGCAGCAAGAGGUGCCUGGAUGCUUGUGACAAAGAUUGCCCACAAUGCGACACUGCUGCCCAGGAAAAGUAUAGCAAAGUAGAAAGCUGUGGGAUGAUCACUAUUUCAACAGGGCCAUUUGCCUUCUGUCAUUCCGUCAUUCAACCAGAGUCCUAUUUCAAAAACUGUCUGUUUGAUAUGUGUGCCACUAAUGGGGAUACAGAUGUACUGUGCAAUAGUCUUCAAACAUACGUGGCAGUGUGCCAGUCGAUGGAUAUAACCAUUAAGACUUGGAGAUCUGAUGCGUUCUGUCCAAUAAAAUGUCCAGAGAAUUCUCAUUAUGGGGUAUGCACAGACACCUGCAGUAGCACCUGUGGCAGUAUCCCUGAGGUCACCUGUCAUUCUAAAUGCUACGAAGGCUGCCAGUGUGAUUCUGGCCAAAUGUCUGAAGAGGGAAGAUGUAUUCCUCAAAGCUCUUGUGGUUGUGUUUAUGAAGGAAGGUAUAUCCAGGUUGGACAGUUGUUUGUACUGGAUGACUGCAGCCAGGAAUGUACCUGCACAUCUGAAGGUUCUGUCAAGUGUACACCAAUGAACUGUGGACCUCAAACAUACUGUACGGUGCAGGAUGGACAGCGGAUGUGUGCUUCUCCAGAAGCCAGCUGCACUUUGCAUUCCUCUGGAGCCUACACUACUUUUGAUGGUUUGUCACAGAUGCUGUGGCUAGAUGGUGCUUACAAGAUGGUGACCUUCUGCGACAGGUCUGAACAGAACUUGCAAGUGGUUGCUGACCUUACAAUUAAUGGCAAUGUACACUCCAUAAAUAAGGUCAUCUUUGAGUAUACUGGCCUUUCCAUCAUUCUGAACAGAGACCUGACUGUUUUGGUCAAUAACCAAGUGGUCAGCUUGCCAGCAAGUCCAACAGAGGAAAUAUCCAUCUCUGUAGAAGAUGGCAUCCUUCACUUUAAGAACAAGUCGGGGAUCAGGCUUGAGUACAACACCCUUGGAAAGCUCACAAUCUCAGUAGGGGUUUAUUCAAACAAACUCUGUGGCCUUUGUGGAAAUCUAAAUGGCUGCAUCCUAAAUUAUGUGAAGACAUAAGUAUGGGAGAUCCUCCCUUAUUUCUUGCAAUCCUUGAACUGUAACGUAUACUUAAAUGAUCUCUGAUCUGUAUCUGACUGAUUAAACCUUGGUGUAAUACAGUCCUUGGAAAGUGAAAUGAGCAAGUUGGAAGUAAAAUUUAA